AUGGCCAGUGAUAAAGAGGAGAAGAAAUCGCCAAAAAGCCAGAAAGGCUCACCAGCGAAGUCGGAGCGCAGCGGGCGAUCGAAGUCAGAGCGUAGCGGGCGAUCGAAGUCGGAACGCAGCAAGCGACCGAAGUCAGAGCGUAGCGGGCGAUCGAAGUCGGAACGCAGCAAGCGACCGAAGUCAGAGCGUAGCGGGCGAUCGAAGUCAGAACGCAGCAAGCGACCGAAGUCAGAGCGUAGCGGGCGAUCGAAGUCAGAACGCAGCAAGCGACCGAAGUCAGAGCGAAGCGGGCGAUCAAAGAAAAGCCGUCACUCGCCAAAGUCGAAAUCGGAACGUUCGGGAAAUCACGCCGAAGUCGUACGCCCAGAAAAAGUUCAAAAAGUUCACGAAGUCGACGACAUUCGGAACCACGCGAACAUCGCUGCUCUAUGGAAUGUGAUGAGUGCCCGAAGAAAGUAUCACGUAAAGCUCUGGUACGAGCUGCUGCAAGGGAUCGACAACGCCGUGAAGCAUACAGUGUUCUUCAAAUGA